CGAUCACCGAUCGCGGUCAAUGUGCCGGGUCCGCCGACAUGUCGGCCGACUCCAUCCAACAGCAGCAGCCGCAGGAGCAGAAAAUCGGUGCACCCACUGUGCCGAUCAUCGUGGCCCCUGGGUGCUGCAGCAUGACACGGUCGCCGUCACGUGACAAUGACCUGUCGCAGGUGCCGGGUUCCUUGGGUGCCAACGUGGGACGGGGGUCUAGCCCCAAUCCGGACAACAUGAGAAUGUACGCCAAAAGAUUGUCACGAGACUUUAGCGAUGCUGCUUGGUUUGAAGACGAGAUGGACGUUAUCAAGAGUUGCGGUGCUUUGCAGUCAGCAUUGGGACUUCCGAGGAGUUUUAGCAGCAGCGACAUAACGGAUGUUGAGAAACUUAGCGCCGACUACUGGCCCAAUACGGACGACCUGGACGACAUCAAGUUGGCUCGCUGUGCGUCUGAGCUGGCAAUAAACAAAGGUCGUAUCGGUUCAGACGUACUGAUGAUGACAACGACAGGUGGUCGUAUGCUUGGCAACACUUCACGGUCAUUGUCAACUUGUGUGGUGGUCGGCGACAUGGCUUCUAUGUCUCAAUUGCCUUCUCCCAAUCGUUUUUCAGGAUCGGUUCAGAACAAUUGUCCGCCCAUGUCCACGUUGAGCGCUAACGACUUCGUCAGAUCGGUCAAUAAAAAGGUUCGGCAAAGCUACAUCCAACGCCGUCUUGUCAUCACUUACAAGGCGUUGGAACGUCUUUCGCACAGCGAAUUCAACUUGCACAGGAUGACGCCAACACCAAUGGCAGAGCGCAACGAGCAGACCCCGGCUGGCGGUUCAAGUAAAUACCUUUGCGUUCCACAAUCCGGCAAGAAGCUGUACGAGGGCGACAUAGUGGCUUGUGCUGAUACCAUCAAACGUUAUCAGCCAAAACCGUUUUCGCGAUUUGACAGGAACGUGUUCAUAUUCAAUUGGCUGCACAACAUUAAGCCAGAAAACGACGCACAGGGCUUGGACGAAUAGCUGGACAAAGCAACAAUCGACAUUUGAAUUCGAAAACAAUGCUUUAUUAUUAUAGUUUGUGUUCAUUGAUGAUAUUAUUAUAAAAUUACGUUAUUAUAACAAAAGUUAAGUUAUACAAAUCCCAAAGUGUUUGUUGUGAGUUUGAGCGACAGACUAUGACUGUUUUUUUGGUUAUAGCGGUAAUAUUAUUAUGUGUAGUCAAUAAUUGAUAAUUCAGAUAAUAGGUUUCAUUUUCAUUGUACACAGUACACAGACGUUAAGAUAGCAGCACAAUAAUAUAGUACCUACCCAUAAAAUAGUUCCUAAGUUUUUUAGCACAAUAUUAAAAAUUGUUUUAUGAAGAGUUACACGUACAUUGAUACAUUUACAGUGCUAACACGAUAUUUUAUCUCCGUAGGAAUUUCCUUAUUUACUAGUGUAGUUUUUAUCAGUCACGACGUAAUACACUUGUCUAAUAAGAUUAAAAUAGAUAAGUAAUUUUUUGACGAUAAAUAAUCAGAAUAUGUGUAUGUUUUACCUUUAACGAUUAGAGAACAAUUAAACGCGCUUUAAUGCUAUCACUCGAAGUCAUAUUUUAUACUUCACAAUAAUAUUAUACAAAUUACAAUUAUUUACUUAUCCCACUUUUUUGCACAUUUAUCAACUGUGGCUUUUAUAUUUUAUUUAUUAUUAUUUCGUUCACGUUAUAAUUUCUUUCCAUUUUAACAUUUCCACUGUGAACUUUCAUUGUCAAUCACUGCUGUUUUUCUGAAUUAAUUCCAUUACGAUUCAAAACGCCUAUCACUAUUUUACUCUAUGUUUCAUUGUAUUACUAUAGUUUUUUUAUGAAUCCGAAAUGUUAGGUUAACAAUAUAAUAUUGUACAAUAUUGCCUUGUUUAAUGCAUCGUUUCGCUAUUCUUUUUGAGUAACAUAAUUAUUUAACUUAGACAUCAGCUGCCAUCGCGGCAAUUUUGAAAACUCUCAAACUAAAAAUAUUUGAUUAAGUCCUUAUCUUUUCUAUGAUCAAAUAAGUGUGGCUGUUCAGUUGUUGUAGUCUGUCUCGCUUACUCGUUGUUCAUUAUAAUAUGGUAAACGCUAAAUCCAUUACUUUACAUUAUGUUCUUCUUGUGUGUGCGUGUAAAGCUUUUGAUUGAAUAUUUUUUUCGAAUAAAUUAUUUAACCGUACAUCAUAAUGGCACUUGGCGCUCAAUUUUUCUUAAAAAUCAAUUUCUUAUCAUAUUAUGCAUUAUAUUAUACAUGAUAUAGCUGUUGUUAACGUUUGUACAAAGUAUGAAAUUAUAUUCUAAAAGUAACUAUGAAUAAUGCGGACGUUGGGCAUUUCGAUAGCCGGUGUAGGUAUGUAUUACACAGCUGCUAUAAUUCAAUAGAAUCAUGGUAGUAUUUUUUUUUUGUAACUAAUUUUGUCGACAAAAGAUAUAAUAUGGACGUCCUGCGCUCAUUUAAUUUAUGUGACUUCGUAUAUUUUAAUGAAUAAUUUAAUUACUAACAACAUAUUAGGUACGGUUGUUGUUUUAUUCGUUUAAUUGCACAUUUACAUAAAAUGCCCUCAGCAGAGCGUGCCAUGACUAUUAUAACAUUUACCCUAAUGGCAUUUGCCCUAACCAUUAUUUGUUUGUUACACUGAACAUAUUCUCUCAACGUUAUAUAAUAUAAUAUUUUAUUACUAUAUUUUAUGAUCAAAUAUUUUGUUUUAUUCGUUAUCAUUUUGUAUUGUUUUUUUGUUAUUACUAUUUACUUAUAAGAAUAUUUUGUUUUUUCUUUGUUAAUAGCCAUCUUUAUUAGUGAGAGAUUAGUACUUAAAAAUUCAUAUGUAUCGCUAGUGUAUGUAUUGCCUCUAGUAUAUAAUGUAAGGUUUAGAAUACCUUAUAGUUAUUGUUUCUCAAACUUAAGUGAUAAUUUGUAUUUUGUGAUGGUGACAAUUCACAACUCUUAGAAUUUAUGUGUAU